GUCCAAUGUUGCCGCGGCCUUAGUUUGAGUCCCUCCUAGAGAUAGCCAUCAGUCAGAAGAGGAUCGCCGUCGUCGCCUCAACCGUCUAGCGAUGUUGCCACCGCCCAGAGGUUAGCCUAGAAGAAGAUGGGUCGCGGAUGCUAUGUCUAUCACAGGGGGAGGUCGACGACAAACAGCAUCCGGCCAGCGUCACUGUGGGAGAACGAAGCGACACCGCUACUCGAAAAGCCCGGCCGCCGCUAUAGCCGUUUUGAUCAAAAAAGUUUUGCAUCUUUUGAUAUCUUCUCCUUUGAAGACUGCAAGAUAAUUUCCAUGGUUGUAGAUUGGAUGGAGAAAUGGAAGGUGAAUGGUCUCUACAAUGGUGCGCCGUCGAUUAUUUUUUCAGCUGUGGAAGAAGAGGUUCUGGCCGGAAAGUUCAGCAGAACCCUCAUCGGAAGGAGCAAAGAAAGGAUCUCACUCUCAGCUUUGGAAGACUUCCUGGUCAGAGGUGGCUUCAAAGAGUUCAAACUGCGGCGGCUGGGUAACUUCGAGGUCCUGUUCAUCUUCAAACAGGAAGAUGACUACCAGAGUCCAAAGGCCCUAGGCAACCCUUGUUCCACUCUCUUGCAUAUUGGUGGGGAUGCUAGUGAUGAGGAAUCUUCAGGUACUGGUGGGACCGUUCUCAACACUGCGACAAGAGGCCGCAUCAGUAGUGAAGUGGAAAACCCUAAUCUUAUGGAUGGUCCUAACUCCUUUCCUGAUCUCUCUUUCCUUGAAGUGCCAUAUAGUUCAUCAUGUAUGGCUAUCAUCCCUUACGUUCCCCAUGAUCCAACCUUGGCACCCUCUCAUGCAUGCACAUUUGCCUCCCAAACUAUGGGAAGUUUUGAUGAUGGAUGGAUUGGGACUAGGUUUGAAAUUGGAGAAACCUCCUCCCCUUUGGAUACCCCCUACGGCUGUCACUCUGAAGGUGGGAACGAGGAAACCCCUUUUGACACCUCAGAACUGCUACCUUUGGCAAUGGACAUCCUCAAAGGUCCCAAAUCUUCAAUGCCUCUGCCAAGAUGUCCCAGACUUAAAAAACCUCCCCCUCCACCUGGGAUGCAAAGGGACAAUGCACCCCUAAUGAUCAAAGUAUGGAAGAUUUUAACAGCUGCAUCUCCAACUGUAAACUACACUGUCCAGACCCUACGGGGGGAUGUGGAUCUCUCCCAUCUUCCAAAAGCUAACUCAGAUCAUAAGGCCUUACUUCUUCACUGUCAUGAUCAACAUCAUUCUGGUUCAUGGACUUUUCGCUUUAUAAAUUCAUGGACUCAUCAUGACAAUUUUAAGCAAGUAGUUAAAAACUCCUGGAAAAGAAGUCCUACGUUUGGAGGAAUGAGAGGCCUGUUUUCCAAGCUAAAAGCCCUUAAACUGGCACUGAGGGAUUGGAAUCACAAGGAGUUUGGAAAUAUUUUUGAACAAGCUAGGAAAGCUGAAGAGUAUGCAUCAUUAACCCUGGAAGCUUAUGAUCUAGAUCCCACUGAUAGAAAAAGAGAAACAGCCCAGCUGGCCAAUGCCAAACUCAUCCUGGCAGUUAAAAAGGAGGAUGUCCUCAAAGCCUCUCAGGAUUUCUUUCUAGGGAUGCCUAUUCCCAAAGGGUAUGGGAGCACCUUCCUCACUCUAAUCCCAAAGAAAUCCCAACCUAAAACCUUUGAUGACUUCAAACCUAUCUCCCUUUCCACUUUCAUGAGCAAAAUCAACACCAAAUUGCUGGCUAAUAGGCUCAAAAAACUUCUGCUUAAAAUCAUAUCUGAAGAACAAGCUGCAUUCCAGAAAGGUAAAGGCAUUGAUGACCAUAUUCUAAUGGCUAAAGAGGCUAUUCACCAUUUGGACAGGAAAGUAUUUGGUGGUAAUCUCAUCAUCAAAAUUGACAUGGCCAAAGCAUUUGAUAGAAUGGCCUGGUCUUAUUUAGAAUCCACUCUUAAAGGCUUUGGCUUCUCCUGUUUAUCAAUUAAGCUUCUCAUGGCAAAUCUGAAUUCCACCUUUAUCUCCAUUCUUCUAAAUGGGGAGCCCACAGGUUUCUUCCGAAUGACUAGGGGAGUCAAGCAAGGUGAUCCCCUAUCCCCUCUUCUCUUUAUCAUAGGAGGUGAAGGCUUUUCAAGGCUCCUGAACCACCACUUGGAAACAACUUUCAUUAAAAGAUACAAAGGGGUGGGACAUCUAAUUUAUGCUGAUGACCUCAUGAUUUUCACCAAAGGAGAUACCAGGAAUCUGCUCAGAUUGAAGGGUGUGCUGUUGGAUUAUUUAGGGGCCUCUGGACAGCAGAUAAACUACAAUAAAAGUCACUUUUAUUGCUCCAAAAACACUUCCAAGGAACAUAUUUCACACAUUGAGAAGAUCCUAGGCAUGACGACUGGUUCCCUCCCUUUCACCUACUUGGGUGGGACAAUCUGCAAAGGUGUUCUUCGAAAGGAACACUGCUCCAGCCUACUGGAGCAUUUUGACAACCACAUUUCUUCUUGGUAUAGCAAAAUUCUUAAUCAAAUGGGGCGCCUUAUCCUCAUCAAACACGUUCUCUCUCCCAUUCCUUUACACAUCAUGGCGGUUCACACUCUGCCAAAAUCCAUCCAUGCUAGACUCAAUACUUUAAUGGCCAAUUUCUACAGGGGGCAGAAAGGUGGUUGGCCUAAAUACCACUGGAUCAAGUGGUCUGACUUAUGUCUUCCCAGAGAAGCAGGGGGGCUAGGGUUCAAAAACUUGCUAACAUUGGAGGAAGCCUAUGGAGCUAGGUACUCAUCUCCCCUCACUUUGCGGCAAUACAUGCUUCAAUGGUGGAUUUCCGGAAACACCAAGAAUUUGAAAGGUUGUGCUAGAUUGAUCUUACCAGGCAUCAUCCCAUGGUGCCUUUGGAAAGCAAGGAAUCUGGCCAUAUGUGAAGGGAAAGAGACUGCAAAGGAAGGGGUUAUUCAACAAUGCUUCAAACUCCUUCAAGAUUUGUGCUGGGUCAAUAGGAACAAAAAAUGGAUGUGUCAUGAUGCCGACUUCAACGGCUGGGGGCUCAACCAUUUCUGGAGGACUGGAAAGAAUUUCUGUUUUUAGUUUUUUUAGCUCUACUCCUACUUGUAACGGUUCUCACUCUCUUUUUC